UUACACCGUUAGUUUUAAAAAACAUUAUCUGCACUGGAAACCGUUUGGACUUUCUUAGCCAAAUAACGACAAAUUAUAAUUUAAGUCCAACUCAGCUGUUUUACAAACGAUUUACACUUGUCAUUAUUGUAAUAUUUGCUUAAAAUGCGCGAGUGUAUCUCUAUCCACGUUGGUCAAGCGGGAGUUCAGAUCGGUAACGCGUGCUGGGAGCUCUACUGCCUCGAGCACGGCAUCCAGCCGGACGGACAAAUGCCCAGCGACCAAAUCACCGCCGGCGGAGAUCAGUCCUUCAUUACGUUCUUCAGCGAAACCGGCGGCGGGAAACACGUGCCCAGGGCUGUGUUCGUCGACCUGGAACCCACGGUUGUGGACGAGGUUCGGACGGGAACGUACAGACAACUGUUUCACCCGGAGCAGCUCAUCACAGGGAAGGAGGACGCCGCCAAUAAUUACGCAAGAGGCCAUUACACCAUUGGGAAGGAAAUUGUUGACCUGGUACUCGACCGUGUACGCAAACUGUCUGACCAAUGCACUGGACUCCAGGGAUUUCUUAUCUUCCACAGCUUCGGUGGUGGAACCGGCUCAGGCUUUGCUUCACUGCUGAUGGAGAGGUUGUCUGUUGACUACGGCAAGAAAUCGAAGCUUGAGUUUGCAGUUUACCCCGCCCCUCAGAUUUCCACAGCUGUGGUAGAGCCAUACAAUUCCAUUCUGACCACACACACAACUCUCGAGCACUCCGACUGCGCUUUCAUGGUGGACAACGAGGCCAUCUAUGAUAUCUGCCGUCGUAACCUGGACAUAGAACGACCCACAUACACCAACCUCAACCGUCUCAUCGCCCAGAUCGUGUCAUCAAUUACAGCCUCCCUGCGCUUCGAUGGAGCUCUCAAUGUAGACCUGACGGAGUUCCAGACCAACCUUGUGCCUUACCCUCGCAUCCACUUUCCUCUGGUCACUUACGCCCCAGUCAUCUCCGCUGAGAAGGCGUACCACGAGCAGCUCUCCGUCGUGGAAAUCACAAACUCCUGCUUCGAACCGGCCAAUCAGAUGGUGAAGUGCGACCCUCGGCAUGGAAAGUACAUGGCUUGCUGUAUGCUGUACCGUGGAGACGUGGUUCCAAAGGAUGUCAAUGCCGCCAUAGGAAGCAUUAAGACCAAGAGGACUAUUCAGUUUGUUGACUGGUGUCCCACAGGGUUCAAGGUUGGGAUCAACUAUCAGCCACCAACUGUGGUUCCUGGAGGAGAUCUGGCCAAAGUUCAAAGGGCACUCUGCAUGUUGAGUAAUACGACGGCCAUCGCCGAGGCCUGGGCCCGUUUGGAUCACAAGUACGAUCUGAUGUAUGCAAAGAGAGCGUUUGUACACUGGUAUGUCGGAGAAGGUAUGGAGGAGGGCGAAUUUACCGAGGCACGUGAAGACCUGGCCGCUCUCGAGAAAGAUUACGAAGAGGUGGGAGUCGAACUUGCCGGUGCAGGGGGUGAAGAAGAGGGAGAAGAAUAAUACACUUUAAUGUUCUGAAUAUCAGUUUAUUAAUGUUUAGGCAUUUGUUAAUAUUAAGCAUUAAAAAAAAUCUAGCCACCAAUAGACACUAAAACAGCUACAAUUUACAGUACUUUACAUAAGGAGUGUUACAGGAGGAUAGCACACUAUAGAUUAAACAGUUUUGCACAAAUAAUCUUCUUUAGAAACAAAGAUGUAGAUGGCUUUGAAGAUUUCUCAAAGCACAGUGUCAUCGAAUGCUUUUUUCAUUAAAUGUUGUUCUGUCGCAAGGCACAUUUUAUUUUACCCUUACAUCUGAAUAACUUUUAUACUUGCAUAAUAACAUCAGUCUUAUAAAACAUGCACAAGAAUUGCCACAUCCCAGCAUGACAACAAUUUUCAUUUUUACAUCUGCAUUUUUCUGCAGGGACAGACAUAGAAAAUGCCAAAAUAGAUCAAUUUACAUAUUGGAAAUAUUGUAAACAGGGUCCUGAUUAAUUUAAUAUUAUUAUAUUCAUCUUAUUUACUGUAGUAGUUUAUCUAUGACGGUUUAUAGAUAGCAUAAUUGAACUGUUUAGUGAUUAGCGGUAAGAAAACUUUACCUACGGUCAGCCUGCUCUGUUAAUGUAAAUAAAGUAUAUUUAAACACUU